AUGGCUAUGGGAAGGGAAGAGUGGAGCAAUGUUGCUCAGGUCGUGAUCACUUGCUAUGAACCUUAUAAAUAUCUGGAGGAAAGAGACAAGGACACGAAGCUCAGACAGUCUAUAUCACCAGUUCAACGCUUGUCACUUACACUUCGAUAUUUGGCCACAGGAGAAUCUCGGCGGUCUCUGGAAUUCCAGUAUAGGAUAAGCCACAGUCUGAUCUCCAGCAUUAUACCUGAAGUGUGUGAUGCCAUGUAUGCAGUCCUAAAGGAUACCUACUUGAAACUUCCCACAUCUUCAAGUGAAAGGCAAAAGGUCGCACGCGGCUUCAACACUUUAUGGAACUUCCCUAACUGUCUAGGAGCUCUUGAUGGAAAGAGGUUCCUUGUGAUAAAGCCAUCAAACUCUGGAUCGGAGUACUUCGAUUACAAGUCUCAUCACAGUGUUAUUUUGUUAGCUCUAGUUGGUGCAAAGUACAAUUUUUUGUAUGUUGAUGUUGGUGCUCAGGGACGUGCAGGUGAUGCAGGUGUGUGGGACAAAUAUAAUCUUAAAAAGUACUUGGAAGAAAAAAAAAACUUGAGGUACUAGGUGAAACAUCACUGCCUUACUCAGAUAUACAGUCACCUUAUGUGAUUGUUGGUGACGAUGCAUUUCCGCUAAAAAACGUAUCUAAUGAAGCCUUACCCAGGCAAAGACCUUACUGCUGACCAAAGGAUUUUUAAUUAUAGGUUGUCUCGUGCGAGGCGUGUCUCAGAGAGUGCUUUUGGUAUACUAGCAGCAAAGUUUUGUGUCUUCCAACAGCCUAUAAAGUCUAAGCCAGAAUAUGUCAAUAUCGAUAAUAUUUGCAGCUAUUGCUC